GUUGAGUCGAGUGUUUCAUAGCAUUCACUGUUGGACUCACUGUAUGUGUGGUGUAUAUAAUGGCGUCGAUUGUGAGACACAAACACAACACUAGUAUUUGUGCGCCAAAUGUGCGCUCAUUUCACACAACACUUCAUUAAACCACCACUUCUUCGGCAGUCAUAUCAUUCAUACCAUACCAUCCACUCAUCCCAUUGUCUCCCAGUGUCUGUGUGUGUCUCACAAACCCAACGCCAACCAAAGGCCACACUUGUGUUGACCAUCACAUCCGCCGCUUCCGAUGUCACCGCCAUUGAUGCCAUCGCAGGCCACGCGCUCGCCGUCACCGCCACCCACGACAACAAUAACCGCAGCCAUCGAUGGCCAUCACCUGCAGGACCAGACGCGCGAACCGCCGCCGCAACAGACGGUCGGGUGUCCGUCGGUGCCAAUCGGGCUCCGGGUGUACGCCUCGUGCUCUCAGGGCGGCCGCAAGUAUAUGGAGGACAACUACGACCUCAAGUAUCAGUUCAAUGCGGACAACGAGUUGCAGUACAUAUAUCUGGCCAUCUUUGACGGUCACGGCGGCGAUGUGGCCGCGAAGUACGCCAAACAGUGGUUGUGUCACAACAUUAUCCGUCAGCGAGGCUUCUGGUCGCGAGCGGACGAUCAGAUCCUGCGGGCCAUUCAUAAGGGAUUCAUUCAAACCCAUUACGAUAUGCGCAAAGAAGUCUUGAAUUGGCCGAAGACGGCAUCAGGUCUUCCAUCUACUUCUGGUACGACGGCGUCCAUAGUGUUCAUAAUGAACGGCAAGUACUAUACGGGACACGUCGGCGACUCGCGGAUAGUGUUGGGCCGCAAACACGAGGCUUCAGGCAAAUGGAUGUCGUGUUCGCUGACCCGCGACCACAAACCGGAGUCGCCGCGCGAAAAGCGCCGCAUAGAGGCCGCCGGCGGACAAGUGAUGAACAAGUCUGGUGUGGAUCGGGUCGUAUGGAAUAGGCCUAAGUUGGGCCAUAAGGGACCCGUCAGACGCAGCACGAGCUUCGAUCAAAUACCCUUUCUGGCCGUCGCCCGGUCUUUAGGCGAUUUGUGGUCAUUUAACUCCGAGAAUAACACAUUCAUCGUAAGUCCCGAACCAGAUCUCAAAUGCAUACCAAUCGACGCCAACGAUAUGUGUUUAAUGCUGGCCAGCGAUGGCCUCUGGAAUAUGAUGACCACUCAGACGGCCGUCAAAGUGUUGCAAGAGGUCGAAGAGGAUCAGUACAGCCCCGAACUCUUGGAGGCUAUCUUCGACGCGGGAACCGCUCGACUCAGUCCGUCGCGAGCGUUGGUCCACUUCUGUCUGAACCGAUGGUAUCAGUCGAGGUUUCGGGCGGACAACACAACGGUUGUGGCCGUUAUGAUCGAAGACAAUCAGGGCGUGGAACUGAUGCGAAACAAUCAAAACCUGCCGAUGAAUGCGCUUUUCAGCGACAGCGAAGAGGACGAGAGCGACGACGGCUAUGACGACAGUCUCGAUGGCGUCGACUUCUUCAGCAACUUCUAUAACACUAAGAAUAAUGAGAACAAAGAGUUGGACGACAAGAAGGCGGCCAUCUCUUCGUCCGAAGUGUCGUCGACCACCGCAACAGCUGUGAAUAUGACGACAACCGUCUCAACGGUUCCGCAAACUAUCGAUUCUUCCAAUUCAACCGAAUUAUCACAAAACUCAUUGAUUUGUCCACAAAAUGGCGAUUAUAACGAUGCGAUCGUUUUGACGCCAUUAGUGAAUUCGCCGCCAAAUUUACAGACAAUUGAUAACAAUAAUAGUGUAUUAGAAAGCAUUGAAAAUGACUGCAAUUCAAAAGGGGUGCAGACUUUACAGUCAGACAUGAGUGCCGACAAUGAGGUGACCGCCAAAUCGGUGUCGGACAGUAUCGACGACAACGACAACCAGAGUAACGAGUCAUCGCGUGAUAGCGGGACGGCAUCGCCGCCGACGCCAACAGUGAUCAGCGCUAUGGAAGAGCUGUCCGAAGAGGAGUACGCGUCGCUGCCAUCGCUGGUGAAUCUGUCGCAGAACGAGUGGGAACUCCAUGUUGUGAUCGAUCCGAUGCAUCUGAGUGUCAACUCUACCGACUUUAACACCGUAUCGAUCGGCGGCGAAGAGAACAGUUGCCUAAUGGAGGGCCAGUCAUCGUUGGCCAACCUGAACAAAGUGAUCGAAGAGAACACAUCACUCAACAACUAUAUCUAUAGCAAAACGGGUUUCCUUCGCAACCAUCAUCACCACAACCAUCACAUCCCGAAGACAUCGCACAGUAUUAUGAACGGAUCCGAUCUGUUGAUGAACGCCACCGACAACUACUGGUCGGAGAGCGGCAGCGGUUAUUACCAUCAGUUAACGGCGUUGAAGCCGAUGCGGACUUCGCUGCCGUUGAGUCUUGUGGACAAUCACUCGCCGGUGUUGUCGGCGGCUAAUGGCGCCGCCGCUAAUGGCAACUAUGGGUCGCCACUCAUCUCAUUGCACGACAAGAACUCGACAGUCAUUGAAGCCAACAAUCUAUGCCUUUUCGGUGCUCUCAAGUCGUGUGCUAUGAAUCCCAAUAGCAGUCCGAAUGGGAACAAUAGUAGUGACAAUAGUCUUCAGAAGUUGUCUAAAGUAUUCUCUCAAAGCAAUAACAAUACUAAUAAUUACGACGUGACGAGUGAUGGAACCAUUAGUGGUGACAAUCGGCCCAAAAAGAGGUCAAUCUUCAGACACAGUCGACUAUUACGGCGGAUAACUAUGGAUAUGAACGGCGCGACCAAACAUAUGCGGACACCACUACUGGCCAAAAGCGGUGUCAAACGCAAGUACUCUCCGUCGUCGGCGUCGGACUACUCGCCGCCGUCUAAGCACUUGAGGUCUUCCCUCUGGACGCGACCGUUGGUCUCAAAGGAGCACUUAAUGCGAAUGAAUUUCACACGAAGUCUCAAACAGUUGGCCGUCGGACGGCUCACCCGAUCCCGACUCCGACCAAUCAAACUGCUGAAGGCGUUCGCAAAGAAGUGAUUUACCAUUGAUUACUGUCUACACAAAUGACUACACAAUUAUCAAUCGACAAAUCACUUGUAAUUCAAAUGUAAAUUAUUUUCUCUAUUAAUUAUAAGACACGAAGAAGUCGUUUACAAAUAUUUUAUAUUUAAUUGUAAUGUAAUUAUGAGUUUCGCC